ACUGCAGCAGGCACAGCAGCAGCAGCAGCAGCAGGCACAGCAGCAGCAGCAGCAACCAAAAAAAAAAAAAAAAUCUUCAUCAAAUCCUCACCUAAGCUCUCAGUAUAUCCAGAUCCACAUCUUCACUCAAGCCGGGAGAGGGAAAGAGGAAAGGGGGGAGGAAAAAAAAAAAAAAAACCCAACAACUUAGCGGAAACUUCUCAGAGAAUGCUCCAAAACUCAGCAGUGCUUCUGGUGCUGGUGAUCAGCGCUUCUGCAACCCAUGAGGCGGAGCAGAAUGACUCUGUGAGUCCCAGGAAAUCCCGGGUAGCUGCUCAGAACUCAGCUGAAGUUGUUCGCUGCCUCAACAGUGCUCUGCAGGUUGGCUGUGGGGCUUUUGCAUGCCUGGAAAACUCCACCUGUGACACAGAUGGGAUGUAUGACAUCUGUAAAUCCUUCCUGUACAGCGCUGCUAAAUUUGAUACUCAGGGAAAAGCAUUUGUCAAAGAGAGCUUAAAGUGCAUCGCCAAUGGGGUCACCUCCAAGGUCUUCCUCGCCAUUCGGAGGUGCUCUACUUUCCAGAGGAUGAUUGCUGAGGUGCAGGAAGAGUGCUACAGCAAGCUGAACGUGUGCAGCAUUGCCAAGCGGAACCCUGAAGCCAUCACUGAAGUCGUCCAGCUGCCCAAUCACUUCUCCAACAGAUACUAUAACAGACUUGUUCGAAGUCUCUUAGAAUGUGAUGAAGAUACAGUCAGCACAAUCAGAGACAGCCUCAUGGAGAAAAUUGGGCCCAACAUGGCCAGCCUCUUCCACAUCUUGCAGACGGACCACUGUGCCCAAACACACCCGAGAGCUGACUUCAACAGGAGGCGUACUAAUGAACCACAGAAGCUGAAAGUCCUCCUCAGGAACCUCCGAGGUGAGGGGGGCUCUCCCUCCCACAUCAAACGCACCUCCCAAGAGAGUGCGUAACCAGGGAGAGGUAUUCACAACCUCACCAAAACUAGUAUCAUUUUAGGGGUGUUGACACACCAAAUUUGAGUGUACUGUGCCUGGUUUGAUUUUAUAAAGUAGUUCCUAUUUUCUAUCCCCCUUUAAAGAAAAUUGCAUGAAACUAGGCUUCUGUAAUCAAAAUCCCAACAUUCUGCAAUGGCAGCAUUCCCACAAACAGAAUACAUGCGAUCAUUCUGCCUCUCCUCAGGAGAAAGUACCCUCUUUUAUCCCCUUCCUCUGUGAUGUCUUUUCCCAGUUCCCCUCCAACCACCCUCAAACACAAAACAUUCAUGUUAACUGCCCAGUCAUUGUAAUUUGAAGAUGUGGAGCCCUUUAGAAUGGUUGCCCGGUAGAGUUAGCCGAUACGAAACAACUUUAUUUAAAUGCAUGUCUCAAAUGCUCAUAAAGAUGUUAAAUGGAAUUCGUGUUAUGAAUCUGUGCUGGCCAUGGACGAAUAUGAAUGUCAUGUCUGAAUUCUUGAUCUCUAAUGAGCUAGUGUCUUAUGGUCUCGAUCCUCCAAUGUCUAGUUUCCUUUCUGACACAUUUACCAAAUUGCUCGAGCCUGGCUCUCCAACCAGACUUUGAGCCUGCAUCUUCUUGCAUCUAAUGAAAAACAAAAAGCUAACAUCUUUAUGUACUGUAACUGCUCAGAGCUUUAAAAGUAUCUUUAACAAUUGUCUUAAAACCAGAGAAUCUUAAGGUCUAACUGUGGAAUAUAAAUAGCUGAAAACUAAUGUACUGUACAUAAAUUCCAGAGGACUCUGCUUAAACAAAGCAGUAUAUAAUAACUUUAUUGCAUAUAGAUUUAGUUUUGUAACUUAGCUUUAUUUUUCUUUUCCUGGGAAUGGAAUAACUAUCUCACUUCCAGAUAUCCACAUAAAUGCUCCUUGUGGCCUUUUUUAUAACUAAGGGGGUAGAAGUAGUUUUAACUCAACAUCAAAACUUAAGAUGGGCCUAUAUGAGAUAGGAAAAACCAACGAUUUAUCUGAAGGACCCCAGGUAAGAUGUUAAUCUCCCAGCCCAUCUCAACCCAGAGGCUACACUUGACUUAGACCUAUCUUGAAACAGCUCUGUCACUCUAACUGGGAAUUAUCGAAACCAUAAAGAGCAUCCCUUUGGGCUUGGACCACUGAGUGUGAUAAGGCCUACUGUACUCUGGGAAGUGGCAAUUAUUCAUUGCCAUCUUCCAUCAGUGCCUGGCCCUCUGGAAAGUGAUGAUGGUGUGGGAGAUUUUCCACUAACUCAAUCAGGAAUGAGUCAAUCAGCCUUUGGGUCUUUAGUCCGGGGGACUUGGGGCUGAGGGAGUAUAAAUAACCCUGGGCUGUCCAGCCUUAAUAGACUCCUCUUACACUUUUGUCCUAUAGCACGCUGCCUGCCAAAGUAGUCCUGGUAGCUGGACCAUCUCUGUAGGAUCUU